AUGAGGAAAUUACUGCAGAUAAUCCGACGGGGGCAGUUAAAGUUUUUUGGUCACAUCAUGCGGAAGGAAAAAAUGGAAAAUCUAACAACUACUGGAAAGAUUGCAGGAAAAACGACCAUGGUAAAAUUCGACGGCGUCUUGAGAUCCUUCGUUUCGAACAACAGCAUACCCACGCAAGCUUUUGAACAAUUGAUAUUGGUGGCCAGUAACUCUGGAAUUCGAGACAAAUCACUAAUAUGCUAUCCGCUCCAUGCUUUCUCCUACAUUCUCAAUCAUUAUCAAGAAAAGGCGCAGAAUAGCGACGAACAUUUAGGAUCUUUGGUGAAUUUGAGCCGGAAGUUGUCAACACUCAUUGACAACUGUCAGCCCAGCGAGGAAAUGCUGGAAAUACUUUUAAAGGACGAAGAUAGAUAUAACUAUUGGGUAAAAACUCAGCGUAUAGGUAUGGAAUAUGCUGAAAAAUUGCGAAAUUCGAAAGCAAGAUAA